AUGAUGGCCUCCGCCGUGCGUCACCGAACAAUGAAGUUCUCCUCGCCGGGUCAGUCGCUGCCAAACUACAAGGGCGACAAGCAGCGCCGGCACAUGCACCCGGACACGCGCAACGCGCUAAUCGUCGGUUCCGUCGCCCUGCUGCUCCUGGCGUUUGGCAUCUACGCGCUGAGCGUCUUCCUGGUCGAGGAGAAGCCGCUGGGCCACAGCGGCCCGCUGAGCCUGCACCGGGAGGUGGGCGACCAUCGCCACAAGCCCCACCACGGGCACCACCACCACGGAAGUCAUCACCACGGCCCGCACCACCACAAGCAUAAGACGUGGAAAGACGAACAUGGACAUACGCAUGUCGAAGAGGAGGAUGACGAUGAUGAUGACUAUGACUAUGAUGACGACGACUGGGAUGAUGAUGACCACGACCACUUGGAUGACGACCAUUAUGAUGACCAUCACCAUGGACAUCAUGGGCAUGGGCAUGGGCAUAGUAGCCAUGGGCAUCACCGCCACCAUGCGCAUCAUAAACACCACAAGCAUCAUGGCGAAGGCCCGCACCGCGCAAAAGAUUAUUAUCAUGACCAUGAUGAGGUUGACCACGAGCACUACGACCAUGACCAUGACAACUAUCACCAUGAUGACCACCACCAUGAUGACCACCACCAUGAUGACUACCACCAUGACGACUAUCACCAUGAUGACCACUACCACGAUGACCACCACCACGAAGAUCACCACGAUGAUGCCCACCACGAUGACCACCACCACGAAGAUCACCACGAUGAUGCCCACCACGAUGACCAUCACCACGAUGACCAUCACCAUGAUGACCAUCAUCAUGGUGACCAUUAUGACAGCCAAACCCAUGAUGACCACCAUAACGACCGUCAUCACGAUGAUCAUCACAAAGAUGAUCAUCACCACGAUGAUCACUACCACAAAGACGACCACCACGACUCGCACGAGCACCAUGCCGGGGAUAGCUCGUCAAAAGUGCAUCAUGCCGGUGAGCAUCAUUCCUAACAUAGCAAGACAGGCUUUGAUUAUUUGUUGUUUGGUGUGGAGUAGAUCUGGGAAACCUCGCUUCUGUCAUGGCAGACACAUACAUUUGAGUGCUUUAGCACAAGUUUCGCUGUGACGUGCAAAUAAAUGCGAUGGUUGUGGACAUGUUUGCGGAGAAAAAACAGGUUGAACGAACUGGCCCCCCUUUAAACUGAAAGACGUUUCAGCAUUGAAGGUGAACAACGUUUCUGCGACUCUUGGUUGUGAUUGUGAAGAGGUUCUUGCAACAGCGUUGCAGCUUGUCGUGAUGGCAAUGGCAUUUUCUCAUGUCUUGAAAAUCCUCUGUGGUGUUGUGCACGUUUCGGAAGAAGAAUGGAAGCACAUGUGCAGGUUGAGUUCGAUAUUAAAGGCCAACUUUUUUCUUGACUCA